CACAUCUAAUAUAUGGAAAGGUAAGCUUAUCAGAUAUUCUCGAGGAUUUACUUAGCACAAAUAGAUUCGCAUAUUACGGCUAUGAAGAUGAGGAGAUUCUGUCUCACCUAAACAACCAAGAAGAUAUGAAUUCUCAUGAAGGCUCUUUAACAAAAGCACCAAAGUACAAAAAGAACAAAAUUAAAACAACUAAAUACAACUGGCUGACAUUUUUCCCAGGGUCGUUCCUGGCACAGUUCAAGAGGAAGUAUAAUUUCUACUUCUUAGCGGUCACUCUUCUGCAAGCUAUCAAGCCAAUCCAGACAGUGUCAUUUGGGCUAGCCUGCUUACCUCUGAUCUUCGUCUUCGGAGUGUCAAUGAUCAGAGAAUUAAUAGAAGAGAUAAGAAGAGGAAGACAAGACAAAAUUGUCAAUAACCGUGAAACCCUAGUGCUGAGGGAGGAUAAGUUCCACCAAGUCAAGUGGAAAAACCUCUGUGUUGGUGAUAUAGUCAUGAUCCACCAAGAAGAAUAUAUUCCUGCAGAUAUUAUCAUCAUUAGAAGUUCUGACCAUCAUGGGAAUGCUUACAUUCAGACAAUGGCUCUGGAUGGAGAACGAGCUCUGAAGCAAAGACAAGCACUUAACGAGAUUGCAGAUGAGAUGAAGUUGAAUAAGGUUAAAAUUCAAGACCUAAAAUUUUACCUCAAGUUUGGACAUCCAAAUAAUCAGAUCUAUCAGUUUGACGGAGAUCUUUACUUUAAAAAUCCUGAAUUAUCAAAAAUGAACUUGAGUAUAGACCAGUUCAUGCAUAGAGGAUCUAAACUUGCCAAUACUGACUGGAUCAUAGGAAUAAUUGCAUAUGCUGGACAUGAGACUAAACUCAUGAAGAGUAUGAUUAAAAGUUCUACUAAGAUAUCCCAUGCCGAAAGGGAGGUAAAUAAAGUAUUUCUGUCUAUUCUCCUGGUACUCCAGAUAUCCCUUGGCCUGAUAUUAGGAACAGGAGCAAUUAUAGUUUAUCAGACAAAGCUGGAAUAUUCCGCAAGUAAUGGAAAAAUCGAUGGUCCUUGGUACCUAUGGAAAGAUGAAGAUGAUUACAAUCAAAACCCCUUAGGUUACUUCAUAGUUUUGUUCUUUAGACAUUUCCUUCUCUUUGGAUGGCUUUUACCCAUUUUGAGUUUGGUCACAAUAGAGGUCAUAAAGAUUUUUCAGUCAUUAUUCAUCUUCCUUGAUGCAAAGAUGUUCUCAGUUUAUCACAAUCAAGGUUGCAAAGUCUUCUCGAUAUCUCUAGGUGAAGAACUAGGCGUCGUUAACAACAUCUACACUGAUAAAACUGGAACUCUAACUGCAAAUGAAAUGAUGCUCAAAGCUUGUGCCAUUGGAACCAUAAAAUAUGACAAAAAUAUUUUAGAAAAGGAGCCUGAAGAUGCUUCAGAGGAAAACCUGAAGGUGCUUGAGUGCAUCCAGAAUGGCUUAAAUGAAGAUAACUCUUCUCUAGAGAAUAUCAAAGCUUAUUCCCAAGGAUCAGUCAGGAUCUCGAAGCAGAAAGAUUUCAUACAUUAUUUUUGGAUGGCUUUGUCAAUUUGUCACGAGGUGAUUUCUGUAUCGAAAAGAAAGCAGGCAAUUAAGAAGACUCAUGACGAUGGGGUCCUGAUUUACCACAAGGAUUCUUCCAUUAUUCCAAAGAAAAGUUCCACUUCUAAAGUUGAUAACAGCAAUCUUGAAGAAGCUCAUGAUAAGAACAAAAUAAAAGAUGAAUCGGAUGAAGAAGAAAAGGGAAAUGAGUCUGACAACAUUUCAGAGCAUGACAUCGAUGAAGAUGAAGAAUUAGUAUACCACGGGAUGUCUCCUGAUGAAAUCACUCUCGUUGAAGCUGCUAAGACGAUCGGCUAUGAGUUCAGGUACAGGUCAAACAAUAGAAUUGAGAUUAAAAUUAAUUCAGAAAAGAAAGAAUUUGUACUUCUCCAGCUGUUCAAGUUCACUUCUGAAAGAAAAAGGAUGACUAUUGUCAUACAAGACCCGGAUGAUAAGGAUGCAGUUAUCGUAAUCACUAAAGGAGCAGAUGAUAUCAUGAAAGAGUUAGCUGAAAAGGAAGCUAUCAGUCUAGAUUCUGACUUUGCUCAUGAUUUCUCCAUGCUUGGAUACAGAACUUUAAUGGUUGGGUUCAAAGUUAUAUCAAAAUCUGAAUAUGACAAGUGGGAGAGCAAGUUCUCAAAUUUAAAGGAAACAGAGGACACUAAAAUGGAGUAUAUGGAUGAACUUGAAGACGGUCAGAUUAUUUUAGGAACAACUGGUCUUGAAGAUAAGCUUCAAGAAAAUGUUCAUCAAUGUAUUGAAGAAUUCAGAAGGGCCCAAAUCAAGAUCUGGAUGAUUACAGGAGAUAAGUUAGAGACUGCUGAAAGUGUUGGAAUAUCUUGCAGACUUCUUCAAGACGAAGGAAGUAGAUUGUUCAUAACUCCUGGAGAAAAUAACCAAGAGACUGUAGAUAAUGCCCAAGCAAUCCUUGAGAAAAUGAGAACAGGUGCUACAAUAAACCCAAGCAGUCAAAACUCUAAAGCUGUUUGAGAGGAGAGUAAUGGAAUGCAUGAAGAAAAGAAGGCUGAAAAUAAAGGUUUGAUGAAAUCUCCUAGAAGUCCAGACCAUUUACAGUCUAAAAAUGAUCAUAGUUUCUUAAACGGAGAGUCUCAUUCCAACACUAUUCAUGGGAAAAAUACGCCACCUAAGAAUAUGAGCUUUGAAGACCAGACAAGGGAGCUAACUCUUUUAGAGAAGAAAAAGUAUGUUGAAAAUAUUGUCAAAUAUUCCGGAUUCAAUAGUAUCCUUAAUAAAGAUUCUGAAAAGAAGGAAGUAGCAGAAAGUAUGAAUAAGUAUGAACUUGUAAUUGAGGGAAACACCCUCAAUUGACUCUUACAAGAGGAACACAAGGAAAUACUUAAAGAGAUCAUCACAAGAUGCUCUUCAGUGAUUGUUUGCAGAGCCACUCCAAAGCAGAAGGCUGAUAUUUUACAGUUCGGCAAAGAGAUUGACCCCAAACAAGUAUCUCUAGCUAUUGGAGAUGGAGGAAACGAUGUUAGCAUGAUCAAGAAAGCAGAUGUGGGCAUAGGGAUUUAUGGGAAAGAAGGAUAUCAAGCAGUCUCAGCCUCAGAUUUCGCAAUAGGAGAAUUUCAAUUCUUAAGAAGGCUUCUAUUUGUACAUGGCAGAAAUAAUCAUAGAAGAUUCAGAACUUUCUUCAUUCAUAUGCUCACUAAAAAUUUGAUAUUUUGUAUGGGUCCUUUCAUAUUUGCUUUCUAUAACUUAUUUAGUGGAGCUACUUAUUAUGAGCCUACUUAUGCCAUAAUUUUUAACAUUAUGCAAAUGAACUUGGUCAUAAUAAUUUUUGCAAUUUAUGAGACUGAUAUCGACCCAGACUUGAAGGAUAAGACUGAAAGUUUGAUGUUACCUUACCUCUAUAAUGAAAGUAGGACAUUAGAGAUGUUUAAACUAUGGGAUUUCCUCAAAUGGUACAUCUAUUGAGGAGUCAUGGGUGUCAUAAACUUUGAAAUCAACUUUUGGAGUUUUUAUCAUGCAGUAGAAGCAGAUGGGAAAAAUUUUGGUCAAUGGCAAUGGAGCUUUACUUCGUAUUGUGCAAUAAUGGGCAUCCAUCUCACUAUCAUUAGCCAGUAUGUUAAAACAUGGAAUUCAUGAAAAGUUGUAUCUUUCAUUCUUCAUGUAGUCCUGUUUUUCCCAGUAUUUGUGAUGCUGUACCAUCUUUUUGCAGAAAGUCAAAUUAUUUUAUAUACCCAUAUCAAAUUCUGGCUUAACAUACUAGUGAUUGUUGGAGCAUGAACAUUCCCAUUCAUUUUGUUCAGAAGGAUACACCAAUUAUACUUCCCAUAUCUCAUUGAUAUUGUGAUUGCCAAGAAGUUUGAUGAACAAGAGGUCCACCAGAAGCUUAAAAUAAGAGAAGAUGAAUAAAAAUCAACACUAUCAUA